CGCUUUCAUCCCUCCAACUGACCAGUCUCUGACCAGUCUCUGAGCUGGCAUUUUCUCGCCAUUUUAAUCAGGAAGGUUUCUGAGGUGUGUCACUCCGUGGUUUGAUGUUGAGGGUUCGAGAGCGUCUUGGGAACAUAGCGAAGACAUCGCGCAAGUACAAGGCAUCGCAGCUUUCUCCGCUUUCGACUUGAGACGUUGACUCCUCUGAGGCUUCGACAUGAAGGUGUCUUUACUAGCCGUUUUGCUUCUCGGUAUUGUUGCUGCAACAUACGGGCAAGGUGAAUGUGGCAGUAACCCGUGUGAGAAUGGCUCAGUGUGUCGAGACGGAGAAGGGACAUACAUCUGUGAAUGCCAGAUGGGCUAUGAUGGGCAAAACUGCGAUCGUUUCACAGGUGCAAACUGCGGAUAUAAUAUCUUCGAAUCGACUGGAGUGAUCGAGUCUCCCAACUACCCGGCCAAUUACAAUAACCGAGCCGACUGUCUCUACCUCGUCCGGAUCAAGGGUGCACGUGUCAUAACCUUUACCAUCGAGGAUUUCGCGACCGAGAUCUUUAAAGAUGCUGUUGAGUACGGUGUGGGCCCUGUCGCUGAUUUCAACCAAGCUCUGGCAACCUUCGAAGGAAACCUGACUGCAAAUAACCAGGUCCCACCUCCGUUCUCAGUCCAGGGAGAGCAAGCCUGGUUCAUCUUCUCGACAGAUCGUAACAUCCCCCGGAAGGGAUUCAGAAUCACAUUCUCAUCAGAUGGAGACGACUGUACCCCUAACCCCUGUCUGAAUGGCGCCACUUGCGUUGACCAAGUCAAUGAUUAUCAAUGUAUCUGCCCAGCUGGAUUCACCGGAGAUAACUGCGAAACAGAUAUUGAUGAGUGUGCUAGCGCCCCUUGUCGUAACGGUGGUGCAUGCGUAGACCAGGUCAAUGGAUACACCUGUAACUGUAUUCCUGGAUUCAAUGGAGUCAACUGCGAAAACAAUAUCAACGAAUGUGCCAGCAUUCCUUGUCUGAAUGGAGGGAUCUGUGUGGAUGGUAUCAACCAGUUCGCCUGCACCUGUCUCCCUGGAUACACGGGAAUCCUUUGUGAAACCGACAUUAACGAAUGUGCAAGCAGCCCAUGCCAAAAUGGCGGUUCCUGUACUGACGCUGUGAACAGAUAUACAUGUGAUUGUCGUGCUGGAUUCACUGGAAGCAACUGUGAGACAAAUAUCAACGAGUGUGCCAGCAGUCCUUGUCUUAACGGAGGCUCGUGCUUGGAUGGAGUUGAUGGUUACGUCUGUCAAUGUCUUCCAAACUACACGGGGACUCGCUGCGAGAUAUCACUGGAUGCAUGCGUGAGUCUGCCGUGCCAAAACGGUGGAGUAUGUACAAACGUUGGCGGCGAUUACGUUUGUGAAUGUCUACCAGGAUAUACUGGCAUUAAUUGCGAAAUCGAUAUUAACGAAUGCGCUAGUCUACCGUGCCAGAACGGUGGCGAAUGUAUCAACGGUAUAGCCAUGUACAUCUGUCAAUGUCGCCAAGGAUACACCGGUGUGAACUGCGAGGAAGUUGGAUUCUGUGACUUGGAAGGCUUGUGGUAUAACGAGUGUAAUGAUCAGAUCACCAUCAUCAAGACCUCGACAGGAAUGAUGCUUGGAGAUCACAUGACCUUCACUGAACGUGAACUCGGAGUCGCAGCCCCUACCGUGAUGGUCGGAUACGCCAGCAACAAUUACGACUUCCCAUCAUUCGGAAUCACCGUGGUCCGUGAUAAUGGACGUACGACCACCAGCUGGACUGGUCAGUGCCAUCUAUGUGAUGGUCAAGAGGUCUUAUACACCACAUGGAUCGAGAGCAGCAUGGUCAGUACCUGUGAGGAGAUCAAGAGAGCUAACAAGGUUGGACAGGAUAAAUGGACGAGGUACGAGCAGAGCUUCGCUCCACAACCCGACGCAUAAAGAGAUAGUUCACCUCAAUUUACUCAUAUAAAAACAGUUGUGGGUGGAAACAAAUCCGCGGGUGUUUUAAUAAAAAUCAUUUUAAACAGUCUUUAUAUUCAAUACUAAUGUAUUUUAUCGUUUUUUAACACAUGAAAAUAAUAGAUUAUAGAAUUCAAUUAAUACAUUUUAUUUUAUUUUGUAUGAAUGGGAUGGUUUCAUUGCAAUGAUUGGAACAGUUUUUAAAUGAUUAUCCAUAUCAUGGCAUUUUAAAGUAUAACUCUUACAAAUACUUGUCGCGGCCCCUUGUGAUCUCUGUUAUUUGAAGUUUUUAUAGAUACAAAAUUUUAAUCAUUUUUUAUAAUCACGAACUUGAAAUAGUCCCAGCAUUUGACUCGACUUGGGCAAAAGAACAUGUACAUGUCUUUUUUAAUGGAAUAUUUUAGCAAAUGAAAAUAAACAGUAAGCACACGCUGUUGAGGAUCUGUGUUUUAUUAUGCACUUUGUGUUUUUCAGAUUACCUCUUAAUAUUCUGAUCGAAGGUGUUUUACAGAAAUCGACCAAAAGAGGACGCUCUGCGAUUAGAUUUUACCAAAUCAGUAUUUCACUAUCUUUUGACAUUGAUAGUUUACUAUUUUAUCAUAAUUAUUAUGUUUAUGGACUGUAUAUAUUAAGAUCAAUUCACAUAAUAACAUUGGAUAGCAGCAUCGUCUUCGCAUCAAUUCUUCAUUUUGUUGUAUUUUUAAUAAAAAAUUUCAACAAACCCA